AUGGGUGACCCUGAAGAUGAGGUAGUCGAUAUGGACUUGGACAGUGAUUCCGAGACCAGUAAAACUUGUAAAAAUCCUGAAUUUGUUAAGGAUCUUUGUACAUCAAAGUCUAUUCAACGCAAUACUUUUAUUCAGAAAUCUCCUGAAUUUAUUAAACUUGAACAAAUUCAAUCCAAAACUUCUCCUAAAAUGAUCAACGCUGAUCUUCCUGCCUUAAGCAAGUCCCUGCCACAAAAACCGUCUUUGUCACCUAUUCAUUCUACCUCAAGUCAACUUUGUCAAGUUUCGUCUUCAAAUCAACCUAUAUGUCAAGAUUCCUCGACAAAUGGUCAAAAUUUAAGACCAUCCCAUUCCAAACUCAUCUCCUUUCGUCUUUCUCCUAAACCUAAUCCUUUCAAAUAUAAAAUAAGAGCCAAUUUUAACGUUAAUCAGGAUUCUCUAAAUAUUCAACCUCGAUCCAAUAAUCCGUUGUCCGUUUUUGGUAACAACCGUUCCACAAACCUCAAUGUCUCUCCGACAUCUGAGGCUCAUAAAGAAAUUUGUCCUCCUUCGGUAUCAGCUGACCUCGAAAAAUCUGAAUUGUCCUCUAAAGUAACUCCUUCGCUUGAUCAAAAUACUAAUAUAAUGGAUUUGGAUUUCAAGCCUUCUAUUACAUCUCUAUCAAAUAAUUGUGAAGAAAGGGAAAUAAUGCUUAAUAAUAAUUCCAUUAAUUCCAUCCCUAUUUCUGCUGGUCCCUCCAAGAUUUGUGAAAGUGACUUGAACCUUGUUGAAAAUUUCAAUAAAAUAGAUAUAGAUAAUUCUUUAAAUAUUGUGGAUUUUCAUUCUCUACCCAUCGUACCUAAAGUCGAAAAUAUGGAUUUAGACCAAUUUUCCACUGUUCCAUCCACAUUAUCUAAUACUAAUUUAAAGCCACCUAUUGAUUCGGAUUUAAAUGGCAAAAUUCCUGAAAGAAGUUUGGAUUCAACAAAUGAUUCAAGAAUUGAUUCAAGAAUUGAUUCAAGGAAUGAUUCAAGAAUUGAUUCAAGAAUUGAUUCAAGAAAUAACUCUAGAAAUGAUUCAAGAAAUAAUUCAAAAAAUGAUUCAAGAAAUGAUUUAAGAGAUAAUUCAAGAGAUAAUUCAAGAGAUAAUUCAAGAGAUAAUUCAAGAAAUGAUUCAAGAAAUAAUUCAAGAAAUGAUUCAAGAAAUGAUACAAGAAAUGGAAAGGAAAUUGCUACAACUUCUCAGGGUAAUUCAAGAAAUGGAAAGGAAAUUGCUACAACUUCUCAGGUUAAUUCAAGAAAUGGAAAGGAAAUUGCUACAACUUCCCAGGGUAAUUCAAGAAAUGGAAAGGAAAUUGCUACAACUUCUCAGGGUAAUUCUCAGGGUAAUUCUCAAGGUGAUUCUCAAGGUGAUUCUCAAGGUGAUUCUCAAGGCGAUUUAAACCAAAUAACCGAUGAAUCCGAAUUGCCCAAGGAUGUUCUUGACAGAUACCAAGCUCUUGAUAAUGCUUUAUACGAAUUUGAUCGAGCUACUCAAAGAGCUUAUGAAGCGUAUCUUAAUUUGGAAAGGGCUUUACCUCCCGGAACAAUUAUAAGCAUAGACCCUCCUGCCUCUGAAAAUAGAAAAAUUAUAAAAGCAAUGAUGGGAAUGUCUUCUAAGAAUAGAUAUAGGUUAAAUGGAAUUUCAAACUCGCAAUCGAGUAUGCAAUUGAAUUCGCAAUCGAAUAUGCAAUUGAAUUCGCAAUCGAAUAUGCAAUUGAAUUCGCAAUCAAGUAUGCAAUUGAAUUCGCAAUCAAGUAUGCAAUUGAAUUCGCAAUCAAGUAUGCAAUUGAAUUCGCAAUCGAGUAUGCAAUCGAAUACGCAAUCGAAUACACAGUUUAAUAAAUCAGAAUAUAAUUGUAAAAAUUACAAUGUUUCUGAUGAAAAAGAUUAUAGGGACCCUAAAAACGCUUCGAUUCAUGCUAAUAAUAAGAAUACCCGUGUAAACGAAAAAGCUAUUAAUCCGAAUUUGGCGAAUAUAACGACUAACUCGAACUCGGUUAUCUCAACCUCGGUUAAUUCGAAUUUGAUGGAUACGAAUAUGAUGGAUGUAUCAUCUGAUGUCCCUCCUGAUGAUUAUGAUUCAAAUACUGGAUCAAAGAAACGAAGUUCCAGAAAGGUACAUGAAACUCGAAGCCAGAAACCACCUAGUGCAAAUCUGCGCAGUAAAACACUCACUUCUUUUGCCGAUAUCAACAAGUCGACAUUACAGUCAGAUCUAAACGUCGCUCGACGAAGGUCUUCAAAACAAAGCUUGCAAAGUCCGAAAUCCGCCAGAACUACUAGAAGCUCGACAAAAGAAAAAGAAGUUGAUUCCUCAUACAAAAUUAAAUAUUCUAGUCCAAGAGCUUAUGCUAGAAAACAGAAUAAAAGUAUUCCCGAGAGUAUUCUGAACCUUACUGAUUUUACGAGCUUUCCUGAAGCCGAUGAACCAAAAAAACCAACCACUGCUUUUGGAAUUUAUUGUUUGGAGCUUUCCACCGUUCACUUUUUCGGAAAGAGAAUGUCAAAUCAAGACUUUGUUGCUUUUGCUGCUGAAUGUUGGAUUAAACUGUCUGAUGAUAACAAAGAAGAAUACGAGAGAAGACGACGUAUUGUAGUUCAACAAAUUAAACAAAAAAUAACUCUGCAACAACGAGAUCCACAGAUUGAAUCGUCAAGAUCUGCAAGAAAGUUCAAUUGA